AUGACGGCAGAGGAGCCUGACAAGGGAAGGGUGGAGAAGGUGGUUGAGACUAGGCAAGAAGUAGAAGAGGCAGAAAACUUGCCUGACAGAGAUGUCGCUUCUGAGCCCACUAUCAGGGUCAGCGACCUGCCACCUCUCUUUGAUAUGAUCCGAAAAAUCACUGCCAAGGUAUUAUCAGCAACACUCCAAACGCAAAGAAAUAUUUCCGCACGUGCUGCGCAGAUGAAGGGAUAA